AUGAAAAGAGACGAAGUCAAGAAAUUCUUGAGCCCACCAUCCGCGAUUUCAGACCGAGUUAUUGCAUGGUUGCGAUCAGAAAAUGUUUCCGCCAAUUCUAUCGACUUAGAUGGUCAUUGGAUCUCGUUCACAGUCCCAGUUUCCCAGGCCGAGCAGAUGCUGAAGACAGAGUUUUUCUACUUUCAUCAAGAAUCUCGGCAAAGCAUCGCCAUUCGGACACUUGGCUACUCGGUGCCUAGCGUCUUGCAUCCCUACAUUCAAUUGAUUCAGCCGACAACUCGAUUCGGCAAUCUGAUCUCUCAAAGAAGCUCCACCCUGAAACGGAAGCCAGCAACUUCCGAGCAGCUCGCCGCUGGAUGCAAUACGGCCAUCACACCGGACUGCCUUCGGAAUCUGUAUAGAUUUGAUGACACGACCACCAGACCCGAAUGGCGCAAUCGACUCGGUAUAUCUGGCUUCUUGGAACAAUAUGCUCGCCACGCUGAUUUCGAGGAGUUUUUGCGUCGUUACGCCCAAAGCCACACAGACACGAACUUCAGUGUUGUGUCUAUUAAUGGCGGCCGAAAUGACCAACACUCAAUAUCUGAUAGUAUCGAAGCGAAUCUAGAUGUACAGUACUCCAUUCCGUUGGCGGAUGAAGUGCUGGCAACAUUUUAUAGUACUGGGGGACGCGGUCCUGUUGUUCCCGAACUAAAUCAUCCAGACUCUACUGAAUCGACAAACGAGCCAUAUCUUGAACAGCUCCAUUACUUCUUGAAUCUCCCAGACGAAGAGCUCCCUGCGGUACUUUCCAACUCGUAUGGAGAAGACGAACAGAGUCUUCCACCGUCGUAUGUAAACGCUACUUGCAGCCUAUUUGCCCAGCUCGCUGCCCGGGGUGUUUCAAUACUUUUCAGUAGCGGGGAUGAGGGCCCGGGGCGUGCUUGUGUGAGAAAUGACGGGACGAAUCAGACCAGAUUCAUUCCCGAAUAUCCGGCUUCUUGCCCAUUUGUUACUGCUGUGGGUGGCACAUACGGCAUCAAUCCCGAAAGAGCGGUUUCCUUCUCCGGGGGUGGGUUUUCAGAGGUAUUCCCUUGUCCCCAAUACCAGGACCAGGCAGUGAAGGGCUACUUGGAGCAUCUUGGAAGUCGAUGGAAUGGACUUUAUAAUGCUACGGGAAGAGGAUACCCUGAUGUAUCAGCCCAAGCCGCGAAUUUCAUUGUUCGGGACCAUGGCGAGUGGGUCUCAGUUCGCGGAACAAGCGCUUCAGCACCAGUGGUUGCCGGUAUUGUGUCUCGGCUCAACUCUGCUCGUCUUGCCCAGGGUAAGCCUCGGAUGGGCUUCCUAAACCCAUGGCUCUAUAGCCACGGGCGGACCGGGUUCACGGAUAUUGUCCUGGGUCGCUCUUCGGGCUGUAACUGGACUGCAGGAGAUGCCAAUCUUCGGGUACGGAAUGCUAGUUGGGAUGCCGUCGAAGGGUGGGAUCCGGUGACAGGGCUCGGCACGCCCUUUUUCCGUACACUCGUGAGAUUGGCAUUGUCAAAUGAUGUGUAG